CCCGUCCGCCGCCUUGAAAAGCGUUUUCGUCAGCUGUUUUCGCAGUGUCACCUCACAGAGCAUGGCACCUUUUCUAUUAAGAGGUCGUUUAGGAGUUCCCCUUGGGUCUUCCCAAAGAGAACUUUUCUUUUGAAGGCACUCGUUGCGUGACCGACGACUGCGAGUUUGUAAGUGUGGCCAUGCGAUCUUCGCCCCGGGCUAUUGCAGCCGCGCUCGUGGCAUCGUGCCUUUUGCCGUGCGCGCAAACACAAGGCCUGGCACCUACAAACACCAAUGGGACGGGCCCUCUUUCCCAAUUCAAAUCCAGACCUGAUAUCUACGCGCCUUUUCUGAAUAUUUCUUUGUACGACGAGAAUGCUGUAACUCCAGGCUACAUUUUCAUGGGACCAUAUCAAACGUUUCAAGAGGCGGUCCACAUUUAUGAUAACAGAGGGAACCUGGUCUGGAGCGGCUUUGGCGAAACAGGCGGAGGUCCAUCACACAAUUUCCACGUCUGCUCAAUCAAUGGCACCAAUAAUUUAUGCUUUAUCACAGCGGCGCAGAAUGUUGGGUACGGUCGAGGCUACGCUGUGGUCUUGGACGACACUUUGACCACGCAGACAUCCAUCCGCUCACAAAGCGGCUUGGCUAAUUUCGACGAGCACGAAUUCAACGUACUGGACGAUGGCAAGUCUUCCAUUUUUACCCUGUACAAUCCUGAACAUUACGACUUGUCCACCUACAACGUGUCCGGCCAGGGAUGGCUGAUGAAUUGCUACUUUCAGCAUCUUGAGUUUGGAACCAACAGACUAAUUUUCGAGUGGUCCGCCAUCGACCAUGUCUCAAUCAGCGAGACCUUCGUUAAGCCCGCUUCAACCGAGGUAUCUGGUAAUGGCUUGACGCCGACAAGUGCAUGGGAUUAUUUCCACAUCAACAGCGUCGAUCGCAACACGGACGGAGAUUACCUCGUCUCUGCACGCCAUACCUGUACCCUUUACAAAGUGUCUGGACAAGAUGGCCACAUCAUAUGGCGGUUAGGCGGUAGCAUGUCUGACUUUACCUUUCCACCUGGUCUGAAUUUCAGCUUUCAGCAUGAUGCCAGGUUUCGCGAAGAGAACCAGACUACCACCAUCAUCUCGUUAUUCGACAAUGCCUCAAACGGCUACAAUCAAACAUCUGCCUAUUCGUCAGGUAUGAUACUGAAGUUGGACCACACAAAGAACUCCGUAUCUCUUCUCCAGCAGUUUGUAGCACCUUUCAAGUUCAUCUCUGCUUCUCAAGGCAAUGUACAGUUGUUGGGCCAGGAAUGGCGGACUUCAAAUGCGUUCUUGGGCUGGGGUUCCAACGCUUACAUAUCAGAGUACACACCGGACGGAAGGAUGGUCCAGCAAGGCCACUUCGCGACAACCGGGUCGAUGAACUAUCGCGCUUUCAAGCACAAUUUUACAUCCAAUCCAACAGACGCUCCUGCCCUGUAUACGUACGCACACAAUGACAGCGCACCAACGUCGUACUGGAUGAGUUGGAAUGGAGCGACGAAAGUAGCUCGAUGGCGGAUUUAUUCUGGCCCCUCUCGCGAUGGCCCAUGGAGCAUCAUCGACACUGUCAAGAAGACGGGAUUCGAGACGAGGUUUACGGCACCGAAGUAUCACCCCUGGAGUAUCGUGGAGAGCAUUGAUACCGAGGGUAAUCCGUUGAAGAACAGCACACGAGCGAUCGGCACUUUUGUGCCCGGCCCAGAGCUUGCUGCCAAAUGCGACAGUUCUCAAUGUCAGACCGCUGUGAGCUCAUCUGCUCCUAGUCCGACACAAAGCUCCUCGUCCGCCUCCAGUUCCAGUGCUGCCACUGUCAAUCAGAAGCGGGAUGGCAUGACCGGAGAGCUGGGCGUGGCGGCUUUGCUGGGGAUGGGUUGGUUGAUGGCUUAGCUAAGAAUCCCCAUCAUGUAAUGAGAU